AUGAAUUCUCGGUUUACACUCCUUUCAUCAGCUUUAGCAGACUUGAAAAAUUCGAGUCGGUUUCGUCUUGCACCCAAUUCUCUUAUCUCAACAAAAUCUUUUUCUAGUUACGUUAAAAGACCCUCAUCGUGUAUCAACGUAUACAAAAACCAAGUGUUAAAAGGUGGUGUUGUCGCACAGCUAAAAAACUCAUUUGACGUCUCUUCGUCUACACUAUCACUCGGCCACUCUCAAGUUCGUACUGUCAAAACACUCAAUUUUGGCGGCACAAAAGAAAUUGUUUACGAACGUUCUGACUGGCCGAAAGAAAAAUAUCAGGAAUUCUUCAAGAACGAUACCAUUGCUAUUAUUGGAUAUGGGCCACAAGGUAGUGGUCAAUCAUUGAAUGCAAGAGAUAAUGGAUUGAACGUGAUUGUUGGGUUACGAAAGGAUGGACGUAGUUGGAAGGAAGCUGUGCAAGAUGGCUGGGAACCCGGUAAAAAUCUGUUUAGCAUAAAUGAAGCUAUCGAAAAAGGCACAAUUGUAUUGAAUUUACUAUCAGACGCGGCCCAGAAACAAUUAUGGUCCGAGAUGAAACCUUAUCUGACGAAAGGCAAAACAUUGUACUUUUCUCAUGGAUUUUCGGUGGUAUAUAAGGACCUUACCGGUGUUAUUCCACCAGAGGACAUUGAUGUCAUCAUGGUAGCACCUAAAGGAUCUGGAAGAACCGUCCGUUCUCUUUUCCUUGAAGGCAAAGGAAUCAACUCUUCUGUUGCCGUAUUCCAAGACGUUUCUGGCAAAGCAAAAGACAAAGCUGUUGCAUUAGGAGUGGCCAUUGGAUCAGGAUAUCUCUACGAGACCACCUUCCAAAGAGAAGUUUUCUCGGAUCUGGUCGGCGAGCGUGGUGUUCUCAUGGGUGCAAUCCAAGGCUUGUUCCUUGCCCAAUAUGAAACUUUGCGCGCUAAUGGACAUUCUCCCUCGGAAGCUUUUAAUGAAACUGUGGAAGAAGCAACUCAAUCACUGUAUCCUUUAAUUGGUGAAAAUGGGAUGGACUGGAUGUAUUCAUGUUGUUCGACCACUGCACAACGUGGAGCUCUCGACUGGUACAAACCAUUUUACAAGGCCACUAAACCUGUCUUUGAAGAGCUAUAUAAAAAAGUAGCAGAUGGAACCGAGACGAAGCGAUCUCUGGACAAGAAUUCUUCGCCUACGUAUCGUGAAGAGUUAGAAGUCGAAUUAAAAGAAAUUCAGGACAGCGAAAUUUGGACCACCGGAAAGACUGUGCGUGGUUUACGUCCAGAACGAAAAUCAAAAUAG